AUGAUCGAUAUACAGCCACAUUCCUACCGCUUGGUUUCCCAGGACGACGAUGACAAGCAUUUCAACUCACAACACGAUGAAGAGCGCCUUGGUUGUUCUGUCGGGCCCUGGUGGGAGCGACAGAGAACAUGUUUGCGCAUAAAACGGCUUCGAAAAUCGACUAUCCUGCUCCUCCUUCUCGAUGUCCUAAUUGUUGUCCUGCUCAUCCAUACCCUGGAACCUCUUAUCACUCUUUUGCAGAGGAAUGAAGAGCUUUUCAAGCCUCGGGUCAGUCUUCAGGGAACAGACGGGUUGAGUGAUUUGCAUGAAGUGAAUGGAACAAAGCGCAUUCCCCGAAUUCUCCAUCAGACUGCUGCUACAGAUGUGAUCCCGGACAAAUGGGUCGAAUCACAGAAGAGUUGCAAGGAGGCUUACGGAGACUUUGAGUACAAGUUGUGGACCGAUGCAUCAACUCGCGAUUUUCUCUCCGACAACUAUCCCUGGUUCGUCGAUGUCUGGGACAAUUAUGCCUUCCCUAUACAGCGAGCAGACUCCCUCCGCUACUUUAUUCUAUACCACUACGGCGGAAUCUAUCUCGACAUGGAUACAUGGUGCAACAGAAGCGUUCCUAUCGACAGACUCGAAUCUGAUCAUGAAUACGCUCUCUUUAAGUCGACGAAACCGACCGGCGUCACGAAUGAUUUCAUGAUCACAACUGCUAGACAUCCUGUCUAUGCGGCCGCCAUUGCUAAACUGCCCGCUUACAAUUCUAUCACUCGCGCGUGGGCUCGAUGGCAACCCUACUGUGCUAUCAUGAUAGCUUCAGGGCCAAUGUUCUUGACUUUGGUUGCCAAAGAUUACCUGCUACAGCAGUCAUCUAUUCCUUCACCAACGAUUGGUGUCGUAAACGCAACUGAAUUACAUCCCUUCAUCAUGGAUCUGGAAAGUGCCUCUUGGCAUCAAGCUGAUGCGGAGACGUUGAUGUGGCUUGGCACUCGACCUUGGACCUGGUUUACAAUGGGUGCUGUCGUACUUGGCCUCUAUCUGUACGUGCUGAACCGUGUGCUGAUGGCUCUCUUUGAAUGUCUGCUUUGCAAAACUUCGUUCGGUCUUGGAAACCUCAAAGUGACUAAGGGAUGGUGGAAGUUGAAACGUUGGGCUUACUAG